AUGGGAUGGCUAAUCAUCAUUGGUAUUGGUGGCACAAUUUCACAGCGAACUAUUAUCGAAACUGGAGAACGUUUCGGAUGGAUUGGGGCUUUGGCUGGUAUCAUUGUCGCAUGUUUCCUCGGAAUCGCCGCUUUGUUCACGAUGAAUGUCAUCAACGACAAAAUUUUGGCCACGGGAAGAAUGAGGAAGUACGAGAAAGGCUAUCCUCAGUAA